AUGACAGAAGCUCUGACGGAUAAAUAUCUCGGAUUGCCAGCCAUUGUUGGGGCAGACAAAAGUGAUAAUUUCCAGUUCCUGAUUGAUAGAGUGCUAAAGAGAUUGCUUGGAUGGAAAGAGAAAAAUCUGUCCACGGGUGGAAAAGAGGUGCUUCUGAAAGCGAUUGCGCAGGCGAUACCAUCAUAUGCGAUGUCUGUUUUUAAAAUCUCAAAACAAAUCUGCAAAGGGAUCACAGACGGUAUGUCGCAAUAUUGGUGGGGCGAUGAUGCGGAUCAAAGACGGAUGCAUUGGCUUGCUUGGUGGAAAAUGUGUAUCCCAAAGAAAUUUGGUGGAAUGGGUUUUAGGGAUAUCCACUGUUUUAACCUUGCCUUGUUAGCUAAGCAAGCAUGGCGACUAAUUGAGAACCCUGAUUCUCUCUGUGCUACCAUGUUGCGUGCAAGGUACUUUCCAUCAGGAGAUUUGUUGAACACGGAGUUGAAGAAAGGGAGCUCUUUUACAUGGCAGAGUAUUUGGGCUGGGAUUAGUACAUUAAAACGUGGUCAUAUAUGGCGUGUAGGAGAUGGAACUAAUAUUGAUAUCUGGAAAGACGAAUGGAUCCCAAAUAGUGCAUCACGCAAAGUUAUAACUAGAAGGGGUCAGAACAUCUUUAGUAGGGUGAGCGACCUUAUUGAUCCUAUCACAAAUCACUGGGAUGUGGAUUUAGUGACGCAGACCUUUUGGCAAGUGGAUGUUCAAAGGAUUCUUGCUAUACCUUUAUCAUCUUCUGGCAUGCAAGAUUUUGUUGCUUGGAACCUGACUCGUACAAACAUCUUUUCUGUGCGCUCAGCUUAUUAUGCAGAAUGGGAGGGCCAAUAUGGCCAAAGGUUAAAUAGAGGAUAUCAAGCUUUUGGUAUCAAACCACAUCCAAUUUGGGAUAAAAUCCGGGGUCUCAAAGUGCCUGCGAAGGUAAAAAUCUUUCUUUGGAGAGUUAUGCAUAAUACUAUUCCUUGUCGGGUUGCUCUGGCGAAUCGUCAUAUUAAAGUGAGCGGGCAAUGCCCAGUCUGUGAGAUUGGAGCGGAAGAUAUUAAGCAUCUCCUGUUCAAGUGUAGCCGAGCAAAGCACGUACAGCAAGCACUGGGUAUUGAUGACUUAAUUGAGAAAUUUUGUCUUGCUCAUCACCCUGGAGAGUCUAUUCUAGAGGAAUUGUUGUACUCAAGCCCUGGUCAGUCUAUGAUUUUGAGACAAGCCCCAUUGGCAGAGCUUGUUGCAGUGGCAUGUUGGUAUUUAUGGUGGAAAAGAAGGCAAAUUAGUCGUAAUAUUCAGGUGCAGUCCCCAGAAAGAUCUGCGAUAGCAAUCAAGGUGUUAUCUUCAAACUUCAGGUCUGCUACCGUUCCUAAUGCAAGGGUGAGAAAGGAGAGAUGGGCUCCUCCAACAGGUGAUCGUGUCAAGAUAAAUGUUGAUGCUUCCUUUGACCCAGACUUUCUGAGGGGAACUACGGGUGCAGUCAUUCGUGAUAAAAAGGGGAAGUUCAUUGCCGCGUGUAAUGCACGUUUGGAUAUGGUUCAAGAUGUUUUGUCGGCUGAAGCUUUGGCGCUCAAACACGGCCUGUUCUUAGCUAAAUCCAUGGGUUGUAAUAGAGUCGUUGUGAGUUCUGAUAAUAGUGAAUUAAUAGAAAUUAUGAAGAACGAGAGGCCCCCUACAGGUAUUGCUGCAGCGAUUUAUCAUGAUUGUUUUUCUAUGGAGUCAGACUUUGUUAGGGUUAAGUAUGAGCAUGCGAAUAGGGAAACAAAUUCUGUAACUCAUGAACUGGCCCAAUUAGCUAAAUUCCAGACCAGUAGGGUCUGGAUGGAUGAUCCUCCCUCCUCUAUUGUACCUCUCAUGGUGAAUGAUGUAACAUUAUUAUCAUUGAAUAAAGAGGUCUUUUUUGAGGUCAAAAAAAAGUGA